ACUACAUCACACAACAUGCUUGAUUUAAAGGGAAGAGUAGCUCUUGUUACAGGGGGAAGUGCAGGACUUGGUGCUGCUGUCGCCCACCAAUUGGCAGCCGAAGGUGUAAAUAUCGCUAUUAAUUAUGCUAAUUCUAAAGAACGUGCUGAAAAACUCGCCCAGGAAUUAACUGAUAGAUAUGGAAUUAAAAGUAUUGUCCUUAAAGGUGACGUAUUUGACACAGGAAACAUUCAUAAACUUAUUGAUGAAACCGUGUCACAAUUGGGUGGACUAGAUAUUGUGGUGUCUAAUGCUGGUUGGACCAAGAUUGUUCCUUAUGAUAAGCUUGAAGAAUUGGAUGAUGAACUUUGGGAUGGGACGUUCACGGCUAAUGUCAAGGCACAUUUCUUUUUGUUCAAAGCUGCUAAGAAAGUGUUUGAUAACAAUAAAGAUGGUGGUGUCUUUAUUGCUUCAGCUUCCGUGGCUGGUAGAAUCUGUUAUGGAUCAAGUAUUCCAUAUGCUGUAAGUAAAGCUGCCUUGAUCCAUUUAGUAAAGAUGUUGGCCAAAUCCCAAGGUCCUAAAUGUCGUGUGCAUGCAGUUUGUCCUGGGUUAUUAUUGACUGAAUGGGGGAAACGUUUUCCAGAAGAGAAAAUUGCGCAAACUUUAGAAAUGUCGCCCAUCAAACAAAUCACUGAUGUUGACGAAUGUGCUGCUCAAUUUGUAUUAUUAAGUAAAUUAGAAACGUCUACAGGAAGUAUUGUUGCUAUGGAUGGUGGAAUAUCUAUAUAAUGGUCUAUUAGUAGUUGUAUGUACAAGUUAGAUGCACUUUAUUCCUAACGAUUUUCAGUGUAUGAAUAUUAACAUAACCUUUAAAUCCU